CCGGGGUGAGCAGGGAUGAGGGGCUGAUAACCCAGCUGCCUAGGAACUGAGCAGGGCCGGCUGCAAACUCCUCAGCUGUUGACAGGCCGGCCUCGCUGAGAACACUGGUUAAAUAUAGCACGCGCAGCUCAGCUCCCCAACAAAGUCACCGCGCUGACAGUGUGCGGGAGCAGCAGAGGAGAAACCUAAUCUCAGAACCCAACAACACCUAGCAACAGUUGAAAAAACUUUGAAACAAAAGUCGGGUGUGUGAGAUAGGCGGCUUCCAAUUCCUGCUGGUCCCGACCGAAGGAGAGAGAAGCUGCAGCUAUUCUGUGCCGUUUCCUGUAUGACUUCAGCGACUGGCUAGUUAGUCCCAGCAGAGUGGGAAAAGCGUUUUCCUCAGCCUUCUUUUGGGCUGGCUAGUUUUCCAGGACUCAGUCUUGGGCUGUGGGGCAAGCCACUGGGUUCUUCAAGGGAUAAACCCUCCGAGAAAGGAUACAUCUUUGGUUAAAGGAGCUGCGAGCAGGUGGGAAUGAGAUCGAGAAACCAAGGUGGAGAAAGUUCAUCUAACAGGCAUGUCUCCUGCCCCAAGUCCUCCAUCAUCAGCAAUGCUGCUGGUACAGGCCCCUCAGAAGAGGCAAAAAAGAAUAAGGCAAAUCGGAAGGAAGAUGAUGUCAUGGCUUCAGGAACUGUCAAACGGCACCUCAAGCCAUCUGGAGAAAGUGAGAAAAAGACCAAGAAGUCUUUGGAGUUAUCCAAGGAGGAUCUCAUCCAGCUCCUGAGUAUAAUGGAAGGAGAGCUGCAGGCUAGAGAAGAUGUGAUCCACAUGCUGAAGACAGAGAAAACCAAGCCCGAGGUUCUGGAGGCACAUUAUGGAUCUGCAGAGCCAGAGAAGGUGCUUCGGGUCCUGCACCGAGAUGCCAUCCUUGCUCAAGAGAAGUCCAUAGGAGAAGAUGUCUAUGAGAAACCCAUUUCAGAGCUGGACAGACUGGAGGAAAAGCAGAAGGAGACUUACCGCCGCAUGCUGGAGCAGCUGCUGCUGGCCGAGAAGUGUCACAGGCGUACCGUGUACGAGCUGGAGAACGAGAAACACAAGCACACUGACUACAUGAACAAGAGCGACGACUUCACCAACCUGCUGGAGCAGGAGCGAGAGAGGUUGAAAAAGCUCCUUGAACAAGAAAAGGCUUACCAAGCCCGCAAAGAAAAAGAAAAUGCUAAGAGGCUCAAUAAACUUCGAGACGAGCUUGUGAAACUGAAGUCCUUCGCACUCAUGCUGGUGGACGAGAGGCAGAUGCACAUUGAGCAGCUGGGCCUGCAGAGUCAGAAAGUGCAGGACCUCACCCAGAAACUGAGGGAGGAGGAAGAGAAGCUCAAAGCCGUCACCUACAAAUCCAAAGAAGACCGCCAGAAACUGCUCAAGUUAGAAGUGGACUUCGAACACAAGGCCUCGAGGUUCUCCCAGGAGCACGAAGAAAUGAAUGCCAAACUGGCGAACCAGGAGUCUCACAACAGACAACUUCGACUCAAGCUGGUUGGCUUAUCUCAAAGGAUCGAAGAACUGGAAGAGACCAACAAAAACCUCCAGAAGGCCGAGGAAGAGCUUCAGGAGCUGAGGGAUAAAAUCUCCAAAGGGGAAUGCGGGAACUCCAGCCUGAUGGCGGAGGUGGAAAGCCUGCGCAAGCGCGUGCUGGAGAUGGAGGGCAAGGAUGAAGAGAUCACUAAGACCGAGGCCCAGUGCAGGGAGCUGAAGAAGAAGCUGCAGGAGGAGGAACACCACAGCAAGGAGCUUCGCCUGGAAGUGGAGAAGCUGCAGAAGAGGAUGUCGGAACUGGAGAAGCUGGAGGAAGCCUUCAGCAGGAGUAAGUCGGAAUGCUCCCAGCUCCAUCUGAACCUGGAGAAAGAGAAGAAUCUAACCAAAGACCUGCUGAAUGAGCUGGAGGUGGUCAAGAGUCGCGUUAAAGAACUCGAGUGCUCGGAAAGUAGACUGGAGAAGGCUGAGUUGAGCCUCAAAGAUGACCUCACGAAGCUCAAGUCCUUCACUGUGAUGCUGGUGGACGAAAGGAAAAAUAUGAUGGAAAAAAUAAAGCAGGAAGAGAGAAAAGUGGACGGGUUGAAUAAAAACUUUAAGGUGGAACAGGGAAAGGUUAUGGACGUCACUGAAAAACUGAUCGAGGAAAGCAAGAAGCUUUUAAAACUCAAGUCCGAGAUGGAGGAAAAGGUGUCCAGUUUGACAAAGGAGAGGGAUGAAUUGAUGGGUAAGCUGAGAAAUGAAGAGGAGAGGUCCUGUGAACUAAGCUGCAGCGUCGACGUACUGAAGAAGCGGCUUGAUGGCAUAGAGGAGGUGGAAAGGGAGAUAAACAGAGGGAGGUCAGGCAAGGGGCCUGAGUUCACCUGCCCUGAGGACAAUAAGAUCAGGGAACUAACGCUGGAAAUCGAGAGGCUGAAGAAGCGUCUCCAGCAGCUGGAGGUGGUGGAAGGCGACUUGAUGAAGACGGAGGAUGAGUAUGACCAGUUGGAGCAGAAGUUCAGAACCGAGCAGGAUAAGGCAAACUUCCUCUCGCAGCAGCUGGAAGAAAUCAAGCACCAAAUGGCCAAGAACAAAGCCAUAGAGAAAGGAGAGGCUGUGAGCCAGGAAGCCGAGCUGCGGCACAGGUUUCGGCUGGAGGAGGCUAAGAGUCGUGAUUUGCAGGCUGAGGUGCAGGCUCUCAAGGAGAAGAUCCACGAGCUGAUGAACAAAGAAGACCAGCUGUCCCAGCUCCAGGUGGACUAUUCGGUCCUUCAGCAAAGGUUUAUGGAAGAAGAGAAUAAGAACAAGAACAUGGGGCGGGAGGUUCUCAAUCUGACCAAAGAGCUGGAGCUGUCCAAGCGCUACAGCCGCGCCCUCAGGCCCAGCGGGAACGGCAGGAGGAUGGUGGACGUGCCGGUGGCCUCCACCGGAGUGCAGACCGAGGCUGUGUGCGGGGAUGCUGCGGAGGAGGAGACCCCGGCUGUGUUCAUUCGCAAAUCCUUCCAGGAAGAAAAUCACAUCAUGAGCAAUCUUCGACAGGUGGGCCUGAAGAAGCCCAUGGAACGGUCCUCGGUCCUUGACAGGUAUCCCCCAGCAGCCAACGAGCUCACCAUGAGGAAGUCCUGGAUUCCUUGGAUGAGAAAAAGAGAAAACGGCCCUUCUACCCCACAGGAGAAAGGGCCUCGGUCAAACCCAGGUGCAGGGCACCCCGGGGAGCUGGUCCUAGCACCAAAGCAGGGCCAGCCCCUGCACAUCCGCGUGACACCAGACCACGAGAACAGCACCGCGACCCUGGAGAUCACAAGCCCCACGUCUGAAGAGUUUUUCUCUAGUACCACCGUCAUUCCUACCUUAGGCAAUCAGAAACCAAGGAUAACCAUUAUUCCAUCACCCAAUGUCAUGUCGCCAAAGCCCAAAAGUGCAGAUCCGACUCUCGGCCCAGAACGAGCCAUGUCCCCUGUCACGAUUACUACUAUUUCCAGAGAGAAGAGCCCGGAAGGUGGAAGGGGUGCCUUUGCAGACCGGCCCGCGUCUCCCAUCCAGAUCAUGACGGUGUCAACAUCCGCAGCCCCCUCUGAAAUUGCUGUCUCUCCUGAAUCCCAGGAAGUACCAAUGGGAAGGACUAUCCUCAAAGUCACCCCAGAAAAACAAACUGUUCCCACCCCGGUGCGGAAGUACAACUCCAAUGCCAAUAUCAUCACCACGGAAGACAAUAAAAUUCACAUUCACCUGGGUUCUCAGUUUAAACGAUCCUCGGGGCCUGCAGCUGAAGGCGUGAGUCCCGUUAUCACCGUCAGGCCUGUCAAUGUGACAGCUGAGAAGGAGGUUUCCACAGGCACAGUCCUUCGCUCUCCCAGGAACCACCUCUCUUCACGACCUGGUGCUAGCAAAGUGACCAGCACUAUAACCAUAACCCCGGUCACAACAUCAUCCACACGAGGAACCCAGUCGGUGUCGGGACAAGAUGGGUCAUCUCAGCGGCCUACCCCCACCCGCAUUCCCAUGUCAAAAGGUAUGAAAGCUGGAAAGCCAGUAGUGGCAGCCCCAGGAGCAGGAAAUCUGACCAAAUUCCAGCCUCGAGCUGAGACUCAGUCUAUGAAAAUAGAGCUGAAGAAAUCUGCAGCCAGCGGCACUGCCUCUCUUGGAGGGGGGAAGGGCUGAGGGCAGUGGCUAAGGGGGUAUGUUGUAAGGAUGCUACUGCUGCUAUGGAAACCAACCUGCCUCUGUGUGUGCCGACCCUUUACAUGUACUACUAACUUAAGUUUUAAGUAUCUUGUUUAUAAAAUAAUCAUCUAAUAGCCAUGUGUUUUCUUUUCUUUUCUUUUCUUUUUUUCCUAUUUUGUGCAUUUGUUUCAAUGCAGGGAAAUAGAACUGAUUAGCAAAACUGCUGCUUGCUGAACGCUUUGUUGAAGAUGCUGACCCUGAGACAGGGUCUGGCCUGAGUUCAGUUUUACUUCUAGCAUGUGGCCCCAUCGAAUUUAGCUCAUCGGCUAAGAAGCCCUCAGUCUCUUCACCAGUGAGAUUUGGGGGCCAAAUCACAUGCUCCUGAAGGCUGGCUCCCAAAUUUUCUAAUUGUAAGCCAAGUUUAAUAGACUUAGUUCUACAUUUUUUUUUCCAAAAAAAGAAAAAAAAAAACUAUUUUGAAGUAAGACAGAGUUUAACCAUUGUCAUUGUGCACUAUCAAGUCUUGGGUUGAAUAUAUGUGAUGUAAGGAAAAAUUUUUCAAAGCUAUUGCAGGGCCUCUAAAAUCUGGAAAAACAAAAGCUCCUCAUAUGACUUCAGGAAACAACUUGACAUGAAAUAAAACGAAGAUGAACUGUGGAA